AUGCCCACCUCAUUAACUCCAUCCUCCGGAGCCCAUACCUUGACUGCUCAGCGUCAUUCAUACAAAAAAGCUACAAUUUCCAGCCUCCCGCUAUCCCUCAAAGCCCUGUCCAAGAGGGAUACGUGCGGCGGCUUGUCCGACUACAGCGCCUGCGACGUCGACUGGUGCAUCCCCGAGGAUGCCACCUGCUGCAACUUUCUAGACGGCUCAUACUGCGAUAGUGGAAACUACUGUGUGGACGGUGGCUGCUGCGAGAACGGCAAAACGUGCACCGGCGUCGCCAAUAGCUGCGAUGUCGACGCCCAGGAAUGUGGUGGCGCCUGUAUCCCCAAGGACGCUGUGUGCUGCAACAAGGGGACGCUAUACUGUGACGCCGGACAGACGUGUGACGGCGUCUUUUGCCGGUCUAGAAGCGACGAUGAUGAGGACGACGACGACGACAUUGGCAAGAGCAACUCCAAGAACAGUAGUGACACGGACGAUGAUGAUGAUGAUGAUAAUGCCGCCGGCAGGUUUGCCGCCCCGACUCUCAUGGCUGGUCUUAUUGCCGCCAUUCCCAUUAUUCUAUAA